AUGGCAGAUAUUCGGAAAGAUGUACAGAAGCAUUUCUACCCGAUGAGUGAGCGCGUGGGCGCCUGCAUGGAGGUGCUUUCUAAUGUACACAAGAAGGGAAAGAUCAGGUGCCUAGUGUUGACAGUGAAUAAGCCACAUACCAUCCAGCUUUAUGUCGUGAAAGUCCAGGAUGGCGGCGAUAUCUCAAAUAUCCCCAUUUGUAGUACGAAGAACCUGAAGAAGCUGGAUUGCCGAGAUUCAAAAAUGCAACCAACGUACGAGAUGCAACUGACCACUGACCAUAAAACAUGGAACUUUCGGGCUACCAAGUUGGAGGCGAAGGGAGAAUUUAUCACCGCGUUCUGCCGCAUUGUUGGGUCCCUCCAGCCGCAUUUGUUCCGAGACAUUCAGCUUGUCAACCUACCAACCAAUUUAGACCUUUCCACGCUGGAUCAACACCAUUCACUAGAGAGUUUGUUAAACCCUUCAGAAGAAUCCAAAGUCGAAGAAACCAGCAUUGCUACUCUGGUUGCGGCUGGUACUCCUGGAGCUACUGAGUCUUACCGUCCGUUGACAUUGAGGGAAGAGGAAGAUAUCCGCCAAUUUUUGGACGAGCUUUCCGUCGACUCGGUUCAACGUAACGCUACAGAAUUAACAGAGCAUCUACAGAAACAACUGGCUGAUGUGGAGGGUACAAACAUACACACAAUUAUGGCUUCCGAGGCUCAGGUGAUGAAGCUCAUGUCAACACUGGAUGUUGCUAUCGAGCAGGCGGACCAGAUGGUGCAACGGAUGGCUGACUACCAUCAGUUUCUGGCAACAAACAUACACACAAUUAUGGCUUCCGAGGCUCAGGUGAUGAAGCUCAUGUCAACACUGGAUGUUGCUAUCGAGCAGGCGGACCAGAUGGUGCAACGGAUGGCUGACUACCAUCAGUUUCUGGCAGAUGUCGAAGAGGCUAUGUCCACCCUGCAUGACCGUGAUCAGCUCAGUCAAGUGACUGUAGACAAUCGUGGGGCCUUGUUGAAUCUGUUGGAGCAGUUGGUCACUCGUUUGACACUGGACCCAAAGUAUGUACAUGCAUUACUCGAGGUGAAACUCGAUCAACCGGCGGAUGUCAUUCGAUGCACCGAAGCGGCCCAGUAUCUGAAUGGUUUGUUGCAUGCGAAGCCUACUCCAGGCGAGGAGCAUCUGCAAGCUGUUGGCGAGCAGGCUGUCGAAUUGAAGCGCUUGCGGGAUUCAUUUGCGACAGAGCUGGCCAAAAAAGUGAACAACUCAGUCAUUGCUUUCUCGCGACAACUUAAUUUUGUUGUAAACGUUGGUUCCGUGGGAGUGGCAACUGCGGAGGCACCAGAUAGCGCAAGUCAAGCAGGUGGUUCUCGGGCCACCUUAACCGCAUCAACCGCAAUUCGUAACGCCACGGAAUUAUACAAGGCUCAACGUGAGGAAUUGAUCCAAUUGGCGCCACUGGUUGGAGUUUGGUUGCAGACCAAUAGAAAGGAUAUCUACACAGAACUCAAGCGAGAAUACGCGAAGCAAAUGUACCAGUUUUUCCGGCAUCAGACCUUGGAUCUGUUCCAUCGCGGAAUCCAGUCGAUCUCUGCAGUGGUCAGACCACAGAAGACCACUACUUGGAACACACAACGCACAUUGGAGACAGCGGUGGCUGUGGCCGAUCCCGGCAGUCUUGUUUUAGUUCAGAGCCCGGAAGCCAGUGUACUAAAUCAAGUCACAGAGAUUGUGGACGAUUUGCUGAACAAACUUUGCCAGUUGGUUGACACUGAGGAACAGUUUAUCACGCAGUUUUUUGACAUGCAUCAGAAGACAAGUGCACCGUCUGUGUACAAAACUUUGGACGAUGUGGGUUCACUGACAGCAAUAAUGAGCAAUCUAUUCCGCGACCUCGAGUCGGACACUGCUAAUUUUAUCACCGGGUGCGAGCAAAUCCUACCCAUUCUGGUAAUGCCCAUGUUAGUUGCCUUCUCGCGACAUACGGAGUCCGACAUCAAAGCUUCCUCCUCUUCAACCGAAAAGACUGUCAGUUCACGGGAGCCUACUUGGUUCUCUUCGCAAUACAUGGUGCGCAUGAUUAUGACAUCCAAACGGGCGUUCAACAGACAUAUUGAACGGAUGAUUCAGUCGUUCAAAGAGAGUAAGCCGAGCAAGAGGAGCCGCUGUGGUGUCCUGCAGAUCGUACGUGACUACGUCGAGUUUGCCGAACGUUCUAUAUCCGUCUUCUCUCGUAGCACUCGUCUGGUGGACUUGGAACGAGCCCACGGUGAACUAGUGCGUACUAUGAUGACCCAACUAGAGCAGAUCGCCUCACAAAGCGUCAAAACUCCGCGGGAAGUUGUACAGUUGGAUUCUUCCGUUAUCCUACCCAUUGUAGAGAACUACCACCGGUUGAACGAUAUUUUCCGGCGACUGAAACUAGCUGGCAUGGAAGAAUACCGACAAGAAGCAAAGAGUCGUUAUGCUCGCGCUCUGCAAGAGUACACCAAAAAUUCCAUGGGUCGUCCACUGGAGAAGCUUGCGACAUUUUUUGAAGGUGUUAAUGCUGCCUUGGCGGCAGGCGUUCGCCCGGAAGUCAUCCAAUAUCAGUUUGCAUUCUCAAAACAGGAGCUACAAAAAGUGAUUCGGGAAUAUCCUGGGCGCGAGGUAAAGCGUGGACUUGAAAACCUUUGCAAAAAGGUAGAAAAACAUUUAUCCGAAGAGGGGAAUUUGUUUCAAGUUGUCUGGAGAUCUAUUCAAGCCAAGUUUUUCGAACAGUGCGAACAGUUCAACACCCUUAUCGCUGAGUGCUACCCCGAUUCCGGAAUCUCACUAGAAUUUACGAUCGAUGAUCUACAAGCGUACUUCACUGAUAUUGCACGUUCCCGUUGAACCGAUGGGGAUUGAGCCAGCUUACUGCGCCACUUUUCAUCUUUUUGUUCAACUGGAUGCAUGUAACCGACUUCUCGCAACCAGAGUUUAGUGCACAAAUGCUCAACUCCACAUGCACGCCUUGCUACCGCAUAAUACUGUGAUGUAACUUUCAACUUACCAAUCAUGAUUUUAUAUUUGAAUAAAAUGCCUUUAACUUUU